AUGGAUCCGGAUACGAUGAACAUGAAGGCGCUUGUAUGGUCCGCGAACGUUGAUUGGUUCCUCAGCGCAGUAGACGCUAAUCCCGAAUGGGUCAGCUGUCGCGAGGUCUCCACUGCUCCUCACAUCUAUAUUCUUUUCUUGGGUUCAGCAGAAGCUGAGAAAGGGGGCAGAUGUGGAUAUAAAAGGGUGUCUGGUGAUAUGUCAACUCUCGUCUUUUCCCCAGAGAAGCGCCAUAUUGCCAUCGCCGAGGUGGUUAUCUUCUCGCUCAUCCAAAUCAUCCAGUGCACCACCCGGUUCGUGCAGGAGUGGAAAUACUGGCAUCAUGACAAGCAGAAAUCCGUGCCUCGCUGUAUUUUCUACUCGUGGUAUGGCUUGAUCGGACUAGUGGCACAACAGGCAAUCCUACAAGGCAUUGGCCUUUCCCCAUUGUUGUUUGAAGUCAGCCUCGUCAUGUUGAGAAGUGGACAAACAGGUAGAACCGGCCCAGGAAACUCCAGAUAUCCCAAGACCAUCCGCUUCUUACUCCACUUCUUCCGAUUCCCCGUAUUCUUUGGUAUAGUGUUGAUCGUGGUGGGAGAAAGUGCUGCCGUCUAUGCAUGCAAAGUGGUUGGAUCUGUGCUGCUCGUUCUUAUAUUUGCGUUCGGGUGUGGACUGUUUAGCUGGUUGGCUGUGGCCUAUCGCUCUGUUCUUCCCAGAGCUGGUCAUCGCUGCGUACUACUGGUCCUGGCGGCGCUUCCUUUCUUUGUUGUUAGGAUCGCUUAUAUGUUGCUCGCGCAGUAUGGACCGCGAAGUGGCAGAGCCGAUUAG